AUGCAGGUAGAAGGACAUGAAAUCAUCAUCGGGGGCGCAACCAUCCAGGAUUCGGCCGGAGUCCUCGGAUUGGAACUGGAUCCGGCUAUACACCCGGACACCAGCUUCUUCAUGCCAAUCUGGGCGCCCUGGCCGGACGGCCAGACUGAAGGACCGGAAUCUGCGCCUAGUCUCCCCAUCGAGGAUUACACACUGGGGUACGGGACUGGCAUGUAUUACGAAGCUAUUACGCCAGGAGCCACUUCUGACGAUGUUGAGGCAACCGGGCGGGAUCACGAUAGUAAUGAUCCCUCGAACGAUGACGCAGCGUACGGGUACAAUGUAUCCUACGCGAAUGCCUCUGGUCUGCAGCGCGCAGAGCAGGGAGCAAUCACCAUAGUAUACACCGGUCACCGUAUCGGUCACGACGCCAGCCUCGCGAAUGAGGCUGAUGCCGAGUCCGAGGCCGACUCUGGGGUCAACGACGCGGAGCAGAGCGAGUCUGAGGCCACUGGCCACACUAAUAACAUCGCUACGCCUGCCGAGCUGUCAUCCGCCGCUCCCUUAUACAUGCUUCCCUCGACAAUCGACAACGCCAGUACCAACCAAUCACUCGACGACUCCGAGCACGACACCCCGCGGACAGUUGGUGAGGUGAUAUCCAGCAGGAGGAUUGAGCGGUCCGAAUGGAUCACAUGGCAGCCGCGGAUGACCCGCUCGAUGACGAAUGCAGUCGCCUCCUCAUCUGCACAGGCAUCCAUGUCCGCGGCAGGCCCAUCGACGGCGCCGCAAGGUCAGAAGCGAAAGUCGCUGGACACAGACGACGACGAAGACCUUCCUGGGCAGCAUGGGUUUCGAGACGAAGAGAGCGCAUACGAAGAAGAAGAUGAGGAGAAUGAGGGAGAGGGAGGCGACGCGAUUGAGGAGGCUGAGGAGGACAGCGGAUUCGAUGUGGAGGAGAGGCACCUCCGUGACACCGCUACCGCUGGGCCAGACGGACGCCGGGAGUGCCCCGCGCCCAAUUGCGGCAAGCUGUUAUCGUCCUUGGAGAUUAUGGUCCGCCACUGGAAGGGAUGCAAGAAGAGGCCCGACCCUCAGUCCAUCCCUUGCCCGGGCUGCGGCAAGUUGUUCGCGAGGGGCGAUGCGAUGCGCCGGCACCACAGAAACCCAAAUGCUUGUGAAGGGUAUGUCGCAGAUGAUGAGGCGAGGCCGAGGCCGAAGCGCGGUCGAGGGUCCAACGGCGGUCGAGGGAGCAAAGGUGGCGGCGGUGGUCGGAAGCGUGCUCGUCGUGGCUAG